AGCACUUGCUGCUUGCGGUUCGUUUACUCUCUACGUCUCUCGUAUUAAUGGCGCAGCUACUCGUCUUGCUCGCUUUGUUGUUGGCUAACUCCGUCUGGGCACAGCAGGUGCCGCACAUAGCCUGUCCACAGUACUUUGAGUACUUUACCUAUAACCAGCAGUUCGUGGGCCGCAUCUCAGUGCGUCAUGAUCCCAAUUAUGAAACCAAUACACUCAAUGCUGAGUUCUCGCAGCGCGGCAGUCUCGGCUCGAGCUAUGUAGGCAGCCUCAAGCUGUGGGCGGAUGGAGAUCAGCAGAAGUUAACAAUACGCAAUCUGCGCGAUGGAAAUCCCAUAGCAUACCGUGUGGACUUUCCCACGCCCGGCGUGCUGCCCAAGCUGACGCUGCUCAUGCUCAACGACCAAGUGCUGUGUCGCUCUACGCCAUAUCCACCCAGCAGCACGACGCUUUCCCUGACGCACUCGCUGCGCUCAACGUCGGUGCCGCUUUUCAGCUUUGGUGGCAGCCCACAGCAGACGGAGUUCUUUAGGCCACAAGAGCGGCCACAACAGCGUCCACAACAGCGUCCACAACAGCGACCACAGCAGGUACAGCGUCCAGUUUGGCCAGACCCAGCGGAAAACAUAAUUCCAACUCAGGAGCUCAAUUCUUCAUUCGUGCCCACAAGAACAGUCAGCGCUACACCACAACCACAGCCAAGGCCACAGCCGCAGCCACAGCCAACUCCAAGGCCACAGCCAAGUGCACGGCCACAGUCGCUGGAUGAGCUUAAUGGCAUCUGUGGACGCGAGAAGGCGGUCAGUUCACCGCUUAUAUUCUUUGGCGCGGAUGUGGCGCGUGGUCAGCUGCCUUGGAUGGUGGCGCUGUUCGAGCGCACAGAAAGAGGCGUUGCCUUCUUCUGUGGCGGCACACUCGUCUCCUCAUCCACCGUGCUGACUGCUGCUCACUGCUUUCGCUAUGGCAGUCGCGAUUUGCCUGCAAGUCGCGCAGCUGUGUCGCUGGGACGCAACACGUUGGAUCUGGUGUCGCAAGGUUUGCUGAGUGAGGUGUCGGCGGUGAUAAUACACGAUCAAUAUACGCCGGACAACUAUACGGAUGCGGAUAUAGCGCUGGUGCGGCUCGCAACGCCCGUGCGCUUUGGUGACUAUAUCAAGCCCAUUUGCUUGUGGAACGAGAAUUAUUUGCUGCAGCUGCCGUCGGGGCACAAGUCUUAUGUAGCCGGCUGGGGCGCCGACGAGCUGGGCAAUGCGAAUACGCGCGUGGCCAAAAUGACAGACACGGAUAUUGUCACGGAGGCGGAUUGCCUGCGUGGUCUGUUGUCCGCCGAAAGCGGCAGUCGCGUUACAUCGCGCACUAUUUGCGCCAGCAACAAACAGGGCGCAGGUCCUUGCAGCGGCGACUCGGGUGGCGGACUGAUGCUGCAGGAACAUGAUAAGUGGCUGCUGCGUGGCGUUGUAUCCGCCGGACAGCGCUUGGCUAAUCGUUGCGAUCUGACGCAGCCUGUGAUCUACACCGAUUUGGCGAAGCACAUUGACUGGCUACGCGGCAACAUUUGGCUGUGAGCUGCCAGUUCAGCGGUCGUCGUGUCGUCUCGUGCCAUUUGUGAUAAGAUGAAAGCGCUUGCGUGUGUUUGUGUGUGUGCCAAAAUAAACGCUAGCCUACUUAGCUUAGUUGAAAUUGAAAAA